CUUAACUAAUUUUUUAGAAAGUCUUUUGUUGGGGACCAUUUUCUCAACUUAGGACCAUCAUUGCAGGGAGAAAAACAUGGGAGAUACGCUGCGCCUAGCAGUGGGAGUCAUGGGCAAUGCAGCUUCUCUGUUGCUUUUUUCAGCACCUAUGGUCAUCAGGAAGAAAAGCACUGAAGAGUUCUCAUGUGUUCCUUAUACCAUUGCACUGCUAAACUGUCUCCUUUACACAUGGUAUGGGUUGCCUGUCAUAAGCUACAGAUGGGAAAAAUUCCUUGUGGUCACCAUCAAUGGAUUAGGGAUUCUUUUUGAGCUUUCCUUCAUUCUCAUAUAUUUAUGGUUCACUUCAGCUAAAGGAAAGAUGAAGGUUGCUAUCACAGUGAUACCUGUCAUCCUAGUGUUCUGCAUCACGGCAGCUAUCUCAUUGUUUUCUUUCCAUGAUCACUACCAUCGCAAGAUAUUUGUCGGGAGUGUUGCUCUUGUGGCCUCUGUGGUCAUGUAUGGUCUCCACUAGUGGUUGUGUUCCCAAAUCUUGUUGGCAUCCCCUUAGGGAUCCUCCAACUUGUGCUGUACUGCAAGUACAGAAAAAGAGGAAUCAAGGAAGAAUCACACAAAUGGUAUCAGGAAAUUAGGAAUGAAGAGAAAUCCAAACAGUUGCAGCUAGUGAUUAACGACAGUAAUAAUGACAAAAGUUAACAAAAUUAUGUAAGAGAAUGAGUUUUGUUUUGUGUGCAUAUCCUCCAUCAGAUCUCUAAAAUUAAUUUUCAUUCCUAACAAAGUAUGAUUCCAUGCACAUACACACACACAGUUGGCUACUAACAAAACUUUAAC